GCCGAAGUGCAUUUUAGCCAAGAACACAUAACAGCUACGAUGCAUUCGAAGAAGCUUGAUCAACUUGCCAAGAAGUGGCAGCGGAUGGUGGCAGCCGGCCAGAAGACUGCAGACGCGGGCGGAUGCUGCAGCACUGCUUCUGUUGCAGACAGAGGACAUUGUGUCAUGUACACUGCUGAUGGAUCACGGUUCGAGGUCCCAUUGGUGUACUUACGCACAAUGGUCUUCAGUGAGCUCCUGAGGAUAUCUCAAGAGGAAUUUGGCUUCUCUAGCGAUGGCAAGAUCACAUUACCUUUUGGUGCCUCGGUGAUGGAGUACGUGAUGUUAUUGAUUAGGAGAGAGGCAUCUGAAGAGGUUGAGAAGGCGUUCCUGAGCUCCAUAGCAAGGUCUUGCCACAGUGCAAGCUGUAUGGCCUCAAUGAGACUUAAUCAGCAAUUUUCUGUUUGUAGCUAGCGAUAAAUGUUUUUGUUCAGUUGGAUGUAAAUUAUAAGAUUUGUAGAAAUGAAAAGAAUGCACCAAUUUUCUCGUCAUAGCAGACCAAUAUGAUAACUUCGCUGAAAAUUGCAAAUUCCUCACAAUUGUUUAUGCAUCCAUCAAUUAGUGUUGCUACUCGCCGAAUGUUAUAGAUAUGAAUCAGAUAGCUUAUAGACUGAAUCAACUUGAUUGGUGAACUUUAAAAGGCGAUUGCAUAAGUUGAAAAAUAGAUGACUAGCAAUUGUUCAGCAAGAGUUGUUUAGAAAGAAAUAUGUACCUCUGAUUUUCUGUUUUGUUUGUUUUCAUUUCAUUUGUUAUUGUGUAAGUUCCUGCUUCAAUCAACAAAUUUAGCUGCUUCCUGCAAUUUUCCAGAAAGAGGUAUGAUUACUUUUUUUACUUCAAGUAUCAACUGAGAAAUAUGGUCCAGUAGAACUGCUUACAACUCAAUAAUGACAAUAAGCUAGUUGUUGUCCAGUAGGUCCAUA